AGGUUCAAGCCGUGUACUUAGAUUGCCCUUUCUAACUUCCUCCUUCGGUCUGCUGAGUUUUUGCGGUGCUCUCUAGCACACAAUGCACAACUAACAGUAGAAGGAGGAUCGAUUUCUGAGCUUCCUUCUGUUUUUCUGUUUUUCUUAAAUAGAUUUAGACAGCAAAUUCUAAGGUAUAAGUGUCUAAGGUUGUAUUGUGACUUUUGGUUUCAUGGUAUUGGACAUUGUAUACAAAUAUUUUAAGAUGUGGUUGUGGAUUUUGAUUGGCCUUAACAUCAUCACAAAGGUGCAUGGGUUUUCAAAUGGCAAAUUCCCACAGUCAUGUGAAUCAAUGCUACCUCAUCAUACAAUACGUGGGACACCUAUCAAACCUCAGAACACUGAACCGCCCUUUGAGAUCGUCUUCGAACACGGCAACGAGGUAGACCCUAUUACAGUUUCUCUCAAGAGCAAGCAAUCCACAAUAUUCACGGGAUUUAUGUUGGAGGCUCGACAGAAAGGCAGAGUAGUAGGAAAAUUCAUCCUGCUUGAGCCUGAAAAAACUCAACUCCUGAAGUGCAGUGAUUUUGCAGACACUGCUGUUAGUCAAAAAAACAAUCAAAAUAAGAAUGAGAUUCGAGUUAACUGGACAGUGCAGAGAGAACAUCACUUGGACAUCACUUUCAGGCAUUCAUACACUUUGACUCAUCUCCAAAAGUCAAUAUUACAAUGCAGAGCAAAAUGAUUGACAUUAACAUCUGUGUCUGUCUGACAUGUUUCAGAGCCACAUUUGUUGAAGAUUAUGCUACAUUCUGGAACCCAAUGGAUGUUACUUUACCUCCACCCACCACACCAUCACCAACACCAAGUACUACCCCAAGUACUACAACACCAAGUACUACACAGUCAAGUACUACAACACCAAGUACUACACCAAGUACUACACAGCCAAGUACUACACCAAGUACUACACAGCCAAGUACUACAACACCAAGUACUACACCAAGUACUACACAGUCAAGUACUACAACGCCAAGUACUACACCAAGUACUACACAGUCAAGUACUACAACGCCAAGUACUACAAGUACAAGUGAUUCUGAUAGUACAAAGCCAAAUACUGCAGAGACGAGCAUGACAACUCAAGUGACAAUCACUUUCAACCUAUUACAGGGAGCAGCCAUUGUGGGGAUGAAUUUUGAUAGUUUUUUGGUGGUAGUCAAAACGGAGCUGCCUAAUAUAUUGGCGACUACCCUCCGCAACAGACCCUUAUCUUGUUGUCUAAAUAAGGUGUUAAAGAUACUGUGCAGUCUGCUUUGUGCGGCAGUUGAAAUAACGGCCGUGGUCUUGUUUUGUUUGGCUGAUUCCAUUAAAGUCACUCUCGUUGCUCUUGUGUGUGUGGCGAUAGUGCUUAAUUUCAUAAAGCUGGUAAUCGUCUGUCUACCAAUUGGACCUAGUCACGAACUAAAGGAGAUCUGUGACCUUACUGUCAAAGUGUGUUCUGUCAUCCAUGUGAUUUUUUCAACUGCAGUUGUCGUUGUUGGUGUGUUGGAGAUUGACAACUGCAGAAAUAACAGGAAAGACUCUUGGCUUCUGAAAGUGAUGGUCGCUUACGCAAUAUGGAUUUUCCUGUUUUUAAUUUGGGUUUCCGUGACCAGUAUCCAAAGUAAAGCAAUACUGGGGAGAAGCCAAAUAGGGAGUCAAAGACAUGGUGAAAGAGGGAGGCAACAAAGAAAAAUGAAGCUCAGUGCUGCAGAAGUAAUUGUUACUGCUGUCUCAGUAAUCCUCAUCGUUGGAAACUUGUGUUUCGCUGUAGCUAUCACUGUUGGGAUAUUUAGGUGUCAGGAAAUGUAGGCCUGUGAUUGGUGUGUUGGUACUUUUUUUGCAUAGUUUUAAAGUUAUUCAUGUUUCAGAUUCCUUACUGCAAUUUACACAUUUGUAUGCAUGCACAUGCUUAAAAGGGCAUACUUUUAACUUUGAUAUUAGUACUCGAGUAUGACACUUGUUUUUGCACUAAUCUCUGUACUUUGUGGUUUACUCGUAUACUGCUACUGUGACCUGCAAAUUUCCCCUUUCCCACCCAGUGAUAAAUAAAUCUAUCUAUCUUUCUAAAGUAAAAAGUAGCUUUUGUAAAGGAUAUUAAAAUGUUUGGUGCUGUAAAUACAGCACAUGUUGAUUCCAAUCUCAAAAUAACAAUAAAGCAACCUACUUUGAG